AUGGCGACAACGACCGGUCGAGAAACACGCUCUGCGCGCAAGCGUACCAACGGCAGCGCACGCGAAACCGCAAAAUCAAACGUCGAGGGCAAGACAGACUAUGCGCGCUGGCGCCUCAAAGACGACGACAGUCGACAUACCUGGCACUAUCUGACUGAUGAUGACGAGUUGGACAAGUGGCCCCAGAGCAACGCAGAAAAGUACUUUCUGAAUCUGCCCUUGGGUCUGCCUGACCUCCCACAAGCGACAACUGCCAUCGAUGCUGCGAAGAACGGAAUCAAUUUUUUCGAGAAGCUCCAACUACCCUCUGGCCACUGGGCUUGCGAGUAUGGCGGCCCCAUGUUUUUGCUGCCAACAGUCGUCUGCGCUUGGUACGCUACCAAGACACCCAUUCCGGAAGCCUAUGCCAUGGAGAUCAAAAACUAUCUCGCCGCACGCGCCCACCCCGAAGAUGGAGGCUGGGGUCUGCAUAUCGAGGGCGAGAGCACCGUCUUUGGCACUAGUCUCAACUACACAGUACUGCGCCUCAUCGGCGUCGACCCCGAGGAUCCCAUCAUGGUCAGGGCGCGCGGCAUCCUACACAAGCUCGGAGGCGCUUUGUACGCCCCUCACUGGGCCAAGUUCUGGCUGGCCACGCUCGGUGUCAUGAGCUGGGACAUUGUCAACCCCAUCCCGCCCGAGAUUUGGCUGCUGCCUGACUGGGUGCCGAUUGCACCGUGGCGCUGGUGGAUUCACAUUCGUCAAGUUUUUCUGCCCAUGGGCUAUGUGUACUCGAAGAAAUGGAGCUGUCCCGAAGACGAUAUCAUCCGAGGCUUGAGAGAAGAGCUUUUUGUCGAGCCCCAUGCCCAGAUUAACUGGGCCAGUCACCGCAACAGCAUUGCGCCCGAGGACAACUACCAUCCCAAGUCUUGGCUGCUCAACAGCGUCAACUGGGUGCUUGUCAAUAUAUAUAACCCCUACAUUCGACCAAACUUUAUCAAGAACAAGGCGGAAGCCUGGUGCAGCCGGCUUAUCGACAUGGAAGACGCCAACACAGACUACGCAGAUCUAGCACCCGUCAAUGCACCUAUGAAUACGGUCGUUUGCUACAUUCGAGACGGCCCCGAGGCUUUCUCGGUCAAACGACACAUCGAAAGAUUGGAGGAGUUUCUGUGGGUCAAGGACGAAGGCAUGCUCGUCAACGGCACCAACGGCGUGCAGUGCUGGGACACUGCGUUCCUCAUCCAGGCCGUGGUCGAAGCCGGUCUGCACACAGACGAGCGCUGGCGCCCGAUGCUGACCAAGGCGCUGCGCUACCUCGACCGGCAGCAGAUUCGUGACAAUUGCGUAGACCAGGAAAAAUGCUACCGGCAGCAGCGCAAGGGCGGGUGGCCAUUCAGCAAUCGCGAUCAGGGCUACGGCGUCAGCGACUGCAUCUCAGAGGCGCUCAAGGCUAUCAUUUUGGUGCAGAAGACGGAGGGCUACCCCAAGGCACUCGAGGACCAGCGGAUCUACGACGCCGUUGACACGCUGCUGCUGUACCAGAACAGCAACGGCGCCACGUCGUCGUACGAGGCGCGCCGCGGCGGCGAGUACAUGGAGCUGCUCAACGCCGCCGAGGUGUUUGGCCGCAUCAUGAUUGAGUACGACUACCCUGAGUGCACGACGGCCUGUGUCACGGCGCUCUCGCUCUUUCACAAGCACUGGCCGGCGUAUCGUGCCGCCGAGAUCCAGACAUUUAUCCGCCGCGCCACUAGCUGGAUCCGCGGUAACCAGCGGCCUGAUGGCAGCUGGUACGGUAGCUGGGGUAUCUGCUUCACAUACGCGACCAUGUUUGCGCUCGAGAGCAUGGCGAGCGUCGGCGAGACGUACAGCAACAGCAACGUCUCGAAAAGGGGCUGCGAGUUUCUGCUAUCCAAGCAGCGUGCCGACGGCGGCUGGUCAGAGAGCUACAAGGCUUGCGAAACCAUGACCUAUGUCGAGCACCCGAUGGGCUCGCUGGUGGUGCAGACGGCCUGGGCUCUCAUCGGUCUCAUGGAGGCUGAUUACCCCGACGUUGAGCCGCUCAGGAAGGGCAUCAAGCUCAUUGUGGACCGCCAGCAGGCCAACGGCGAGUGGCUGCAAGAGGCAAUUGAGGGUGUCUUCAACAAGUCGUGCAUGAUUUCGUACCCCAACUACAAGUUUACCUUUACCAUCAAGGCUCUCGGCAUGUUUGCUAAGAGGUUCCCAGAUGAGAAGUUUUAG